UCGGGGACUUCUUUCUUUGAAGGCUUCACUAUAAAGGCCUGCCAGUUUCAGUUAUAAGAAAGUGCUUCUAACAGUCAGCUUUUCAAGGGAAUGAACACUCACAACAUAGACACGGCAGUAUGGCAGAAUGGGAAAGCAGAGGUCAAUAGUCUGGCUUCAGACUCUUCCCUCGACAGCUGGACUGCUUACAAUUUACAGGAGCCAUUAUGUGUAAAUGUUACACAUCCGAAUGCUUCAUCCAGAGAGUUUCCAAUGAAGGGUUCUAUGAGACAAGAGACUUUACUCUCUACCAGCCCAUCUGCUUUUCAAGAUAUCCGAUCAUGGCAGCCAGAGAUCAUAACUUCCAGUGCUGUAACCUUGAAACCAUGUAGAGCUUCUCCAUCUAAUUCUCAUGCACAUGCACAGCAGCUAAACCCUUGCUGUUUUCGUCAAUUUCAACAGCCAAAGUUGGUUUCCAGUUCACAUGAAAAGUGUGUCACUGUUGCUCAACCAGUGAUUUCGCAUGAUCUCUAUCACUAUGAUUCAAGAAAGAUUGACAACCUCAACUUGGUAUCAUUUGGUAAGCAUCAUUCAGGUUCAGACUGUCCACCAUGUGGUAAUUUCUGGUUCUCAGGUGCUACUAAUCAAAGAAAUGGAGGACACUUACAGGGAGAAAGCAGUGACAGAAAAACAUUAUUUCCAAGGAUGAUUGGUCCACAAAUUUUAGAUAUAAGUUGGAAGAAGCCCCUUGACGCGAAUGCUAUUGAAUCCCAGGCAGUGAGAUUACAGGUUAGUCAUCCUUUUUUCGAGCCGCAAGCAAAAGAAAUUACCAAUCAGACCUGGUAUGAGCAGCCAAAGGAACCCACACAGGAUGUAUCAACUUCCCGAUGUACCUCUGUACCUUCUGCCACAGGACUAACAAACAAACCACGCAUCAGGUGGACCCAAGAAUUGCAUGAUGAAUUUGUUAAAGCUGUCAAUAGUCUGGGUGGUGCAGAGAAAGCAACGCCCAAGGAGAUACAAAAACUUAUGAACUUAGAUGGACUAACAAUAUGCCACAUCAAAAGUCAUUUGCAGAAAUACCGGAUAGCAAAGCAUACACCAAGUUUUGUUCAAGGUAAGAUCCAGACAAACAGAAUGGAAGAAACACCACCCAUGGACCUCACGAACGGGAUGCACAUUACUGAAGCCUUGCGCCUGCAAAUGGACGUCCAAAGGAGCUUGCAUGAACAAUUAGAGAUUCAGAGAAAUUUGCAGAUUAGAAUUGAAGAGCAUGCAAAAUAUCUUGAGAAGAUGUUUGAUCAACAGAACAGAAGAAUGAAUUGUCUGAAGAAAUCAGAACCUGAAUAACUUCGGUGAUCUACGGGGAUGCGACUUUCGGGCGCAUGGAAGGUCCUCGCAGAAAAUUAUUCUGGUUCGACUUGGAGAACAGAAAAAUUUCAGGAUCCAAAGUCAGCUACGUUUUAGACGCAGAAUGCAGAGUUUUAGAAAUUUACAGAGACAACUUGCAAAUGGUGCUAGUAGAUUCCUGCUGGACUACUGUAAAUAAACCUUUGAAAUAGCAGACAAAGUAAAAAUUGUCAUUUUACAAAACAAUGAUGCCAUGAAAUUAGCUUCUUUUAAGCUCCCAUCGAUCUGGCUAGACUAGUUGGCAGACCUUGCCUACUGAAGAAACGGAAAAGCAAGCUUAACUACGUUAUGCAUAUCCUGAACAUUGUUCAGAUUGCUGUUUGCGGGCAAAGUGCAGAUACAGAAGCUCUUCAUGUAACGACGCUGACAAGCCUCCGUGGUAAGAUGUUUUCUGCAUUGAGCUGAAGUUUCUGAAAUGAGUUGAAUUGUUAUUUUGUUCUGGCGAUAAGUGAAUGCAAAAUCUCAACUUCCCAUGGAUUUCCAACACUGAAAAUGCAAUGGCUUAUGAAGAAAAGAAGAUUCACAUGCAAACUCUACCAUUUAUCAUGCACCCACCUUUAAGGAGCAUACUUCCACAAACGUGAUGCUGUGGACCGUUGAAGAGAGACUUUGCUCUCGAGAGGACAAUCAUGUUUGGUUAUUGCGUUC